UUUAGCGCCAUUUACAAUCUUGCGUAAAAUCUAACAAUGGAAGAAUUCAACGUAUUUUGCAUAUCGAAUGUUAACGAUCAUCCUAAGCAGUUACCGCGACGAGAAGAAGGCAUAUACUCUCAGUACAUUCCCACCCCUGUUCCAGAACAGCUAAUAAUAUUUGGACUGGGUAAAUGGCCGAGUCAGGUGGGAGAACUUGAGGUUGAAGUUGCUCUAACUUACAAAGAUGUGCAUCUUAGUUUGGGAAUGUUUACAGAGCAAACCAGGGCUCUGUGCUGGGAAAGAAAGCAUUGUGAGGUUCCAAGUAUCAUGUCUUCUGAGGCUGAACAAGGCAUGGCAAAGCUUUGUAUAGAAUUCAUCACAAGUUCUACAGACAGUCAGCAUGAAAAAGACCUUGCCAAAGUUAAAAAAGAGAAUUCAUCGGACAAGGAAAUAAAUGAAUCCACACCAAAGGUAUCUAAAAAAGGAAAGACCAAAGAUGCAUCAAAACCUGUCAAACAAAAGCGCAGAUCCAGUAUAGCUAAAGGGGAGAAAACUCCUACAGGACCUACGCCAAAACGGUCCAGGACAGGGAAAGGCAAGGCUUUGAACACAGACAAUGACACCACAACUGACAAAGAAAAUAUUGCCACAGAAAAUGGCUUGAAAUCUUCUCCAGAGACCAAUAAGUUUACUAGGAUGAUCGAAGGAGGGAAACCGAGAGUUGCUAUAUGUAAAGACUUGACAAGCCGAGCUCCCCACCCUAGCAGUCGUUGGGGCCACAGCAUGUGUAUGACUGACAACAACACAGCUGUGGUUAUUGGAGGUCAGGGAGAGAGGCAGCAGCUAAUCAAGGACUCGGUCUGGUGUCUGAAUCCAGUGACAAGAAAGUGGACGUGUCCUGAGGUGUUUACAGAGUCUCAGAAACCCGAGUAUCGCAUGGGACACACUGCCACCUAUGACCCCACACUUCGCUGUAUCUAUGUAUAUGGUGGAUCUAAAAACCAAAGGUGGUUCCAUGACGUGCAUAUGCUGGAUGUGGAGGAGUGGAAGUGGACUCUACUUAAGGUGGCUGGGAAGGCCCCCACUAGAGCAUACCACAGUGCCACUUUAUACAGAAAUGAACUGUGGAUUUUUGGUGGUGUUUAUCCUCGUCCAGACCCCCAGCCAGAUGGUUGCAGCAAUGAGAUCCACAUCUUCUCUCCUGUGUCUGAGAACUGGUACCAGCCCAUUGUCAAUGGAGAGAAACCUUUGUGUAGAUCAGGGCACUCUGCUACCAUGAUCAAUGACCAGCUGGUCAUAUUUGGAGGAUGGGAUGCUCCUAUUUGUUACAAUGAUCUCCAUAUCUUAGACAUGUGUGUGGUUGAAUGGUCUAAACCUGAAGUACUGGGCACUCCACCUUUACCAAGAAGUUGGCAUGCUUCUUGUGCCCUGGCCAACAAUCGGAUCCUCAUACAUGGAGGGUAUGAUGGCAACCUAGCCCUAGAGGAUACACAUAUCUUCAAUUUAGGUACUCUAAGCUGGAUGAGGAUUCGCAUGGACCCUACACCUAUCCCCCGCUGUGGCCAUCAGGCUUUGUCCCUUCCCUACUACCAUGAAAACCAGGAACAGGACGAAGUACUUAUCUUUGGGGGAGGGGAUAAUGAUGGGGCCUUCUUCCAUGAUCUCAUUAGUGCCAGUAUUCCAUUAAAUCCAGCAGUGGACCACACAAUUACUGUCUCUAAGCCUGAAAUACUGGAGAAUAUUGAAAAUCAAAUGGAGGUCAAGUAAUUCAAAGAAAUUGUUCUGUUCUACCUCAUUUUUUAUUAUGUAGAAAUUGUGUUACAUAUCAGUACCAUUAUUUUUAUGUAAGAUGUUAAGAAAUGAGGGAAAAGAGGGGUCAAACUUUGGAUACUUUCAAGUCUUUACAAUUAAUAGUAGCAAUUUAUAGUAUCUUUUGCCUUCCAAACUAGUUAAUGGGUUUUUUUUUCAUGAAAAUAAAAACAGGAAAAAUGAUGAGCAUGAUGGAAGUUUAUGUGGACAAGUUUUUAUAAUAAAGAGAAAAUGCAUUCGGUGGUAAAGCAAUCCAUAAGUGUCCAAUUUAAUGAUAAAGGGUUUUUGAUUGCAACAUUGUAAAAACUUUUCAUAUUUUUCUAAAGAUUGAUUAUAUUGUGCUCAUUUCUUAUACAUACUACAGUAACAAAUACCUCCGAAAAAAUAUUUUGCUUUCCAGAAGAGGAGAACUGCAUCAAUAUAAAUUCUAAAAUCUGUGUUCCAAGAUUAAUAUUUCAUGAGCAGAAAUAGACUUACGUAAAUGUCUAGGUUUAUUCACUUUUCAUCCUGCAUUAUAAUGAUUUACAAGUUUUAUAUCAUUUUUACAUAGUAGUGCAUUUAUUGAUUGCUUAUGACAUAACCUAGUCUAGGCCAGCUGUUGAUUUAUGCAGGUUAAUUUCUCAAGUUGUAGAUAUUUAUUUAGUUUGAAGUAUUUAUGUUAUAUUGAAUGAAUUUUGUAGCCAUUCGUACAUAUUAUUUACACCUUGAUUUAUUGUCAAAAGUCACAUUCCUAAUAUAAUUAAU